AUGUGUCAAACAACCAAAACUGAAAUAUCUCAUCUAAAUCAUUUUUCCUCUUCCAUUUCAAUGGAGGUAAAUUCUCAUACCAGUUAGCCCACCCACCUUUCUUACUCUCCAAGCAACAUGUCGCCGGACCUGCCAUCUCUCCGGCAGAAGCUCCUCAGGCAAACCAACUUUUUCGGACUGAGAUUAUGGGUUUUGAUUGUUGCUCCUUUGGCGUUAGCCAUUCUCGUUCUCCUCUUCCUACUCUGUCUCUACCACGUCUACUGCCGCCCCCGGAAAUCCUACAGUCCUCAUUAUCGUUUACCCAACUCGAUCCUCGCCACCAGUAAUUGCCCCAGUGGUUCCAGCACUUCAUCCCUAAGGAGGCUCCUGCCGCUGGAAAUCGAGGCGGUGAUGCAGGGGAAUCAGCUGGUAUCGGACCGAUGGUCUAGUUCGAGUAGCAGAAUCCAGAAACUUGUAGGGGAGCUGGAGUCCGGUGGUAGGUGGUCUUCAGCGAGUGUGGAGGCUUGGAGGGGUUACAUGUUCACGAUUAAGGACAUUGAGUUGGCCACUAACUGCUUUUCCGAGAAGAAUGUGAUCGGAAAAAGAGAGAAUGGUGUUGUUUACGGCGGCAUUUUGCUGGACCGCCGAAGAAUUGCAGUGAAGAGACUAAUUUACAAAAAGUACCCACUUUUGUUUUAAUUCUCUCUGGUAAACUUGAAUUAUUG